AUGCCGGCUGCUGCUGCAAUGUUGUGGUGGCUGGUACUUCUCACAGGAAGCUGGCAAGGCCCUGUAGCCCAAGCUGACUGGCACGAGGAGGUGCAGACUGGGCGCGAGCAUGUGGCUGUCCCCUCGCGCCACCUCCUCGCCCCUUCCGCCGGACGCUUCACGGUCCAAGAGGCGGAAGAAACGCUGCGGGGCUUUGGCAUAGAGCACGGCCCCAUACUCUACAUGGGCAAAACCGCGGACUGCCCGCUGCGGGACCUGCCGGAGAACGACACGGCCACACUCACCGUGUACUGCGCUUCCACCGCCAGGAUGAGAGCCUGCAGGGGCAGGGAAGGCAGGCCGCUGUUCCACAUGACCUGCCAGAACGAGACUUGCGUGGAUUCGCUGUCUUUCUCGGCCACGGCGUGCAACCUGAAUGGCAGGCUAGGCAUCCCCCUGGAGGAGACCGUCAACAGGUCGUGCGAGCUGAGCGUGCCGGAGACGGACGACGCCCUCAAUCUGCACAUGCCUUUCUUCUUGACGCCGGAUGGGGAGCGGUCGAUCUUCGACUGCCUCUUCGCGUGGCCCACAAACAGCACGGUGCUGAUCAAGUACGUCUGCGUGGAGGGCUUCUUCAGCCUGGAAGUAUCAACUUUUCUUGGGUCCGGUCCGCUCGUGCCGGGCAAGGCCGAGUACCAUUGCAUCAGGGACACGCGCUGCGGGGGUGAGGGCGAGGACGGUGGCCUGCAGUUCGACGGGGAGUUCAUUUGCUACCUUCCGAAAGGCAGCAGGGUGGCGUUGACGAAUUGGGCGGCCGGCCGGGGGGCCAGACAAGCCCUGUUCCUUGGGGCCCCCGCGCUGGCCCUUCUGUUCGCCGCCCUGUAG